AUGAUAGACAAGAUAUCGUUUAACGAAUGCUGUUUCCCAUCAUCCGGAGAUUGGGAUCCGCAAUUUCUCCAAUUUUCUUAUCUCACUUCACUACAACAGCAGCUUACUAGGCCUAAUCUCUCAAAAAAAGAUGCAAGCGCUAGUCUUGCUCUGCUUGCCCUCCACUUCCGAGUGCAGAACACUACGGUCGAACCUAUUCAACUGAGAGAAGAGCUCAUGGUUCUUCCAAACUCUCCGACUUCAAACAAGAUAUCGUUUAACGAAUGCUGUUUCCCAUCAUCCGGAGAUUGGGAUCCGCAAUUUCUCCAAUUUUCUUAUCUCACUUCACUACAACAGCAGCUUACUAGGCCUAAUCUCUCAAAAAAAGAUGCAAGCGCUAGUCUUGCUCUGCUUGCCCUCCACUUCCGAGUGCAGAACACUACGGUCGAACCUAUUCAACUGAGAGAAGAGCUCAUGGCUGAACCUGAUCGGAAGCCAUCUAAUCCAAAAGUUGAUGACACAUCACAGGUAACUCCUGGUUCACUCUUCGCAGAUAUGGAUCUUUUUGGUACCACAGAAACCGAAAUGUAG